AUGACUCUGAGAAUGACUGGUCUUUUGUGCUUUGUGGCUUUUCUGCCUUUCCUUGCCCUGGGGCUGCCGACAAACCCAGUUAACUUUGAAACAUAUCCUGUUAAGCUGACCGUCUUCAAUGAGCUCACAAAUGAAAAGACCCCCUUCUCCAGCUCUGUGAUAGAGGGAGGUGUGCUGUUUGGUGUAUUAAAUAAUCUACAAAAAUCCAACAAUGGAUUCAGUUUCACCUAUUCUAUUCAUGAUGAUUUUGGAAUAUUUCUGGAGAGUGUAAACAGAGUGGCUGGGUCUAAUGAGGAUCAAACAUACUGGGAGCUUCUGACUGAGAGUGAAGGGAACCUGAUUCGACUGGAAAUUGGAGUUGGCUGCUACCAACCCAAGAAAGAUGAGCAUAUUGUCCUGAGGUUCACCACUUGGAAAAAAUAGAUCUAUCAGAUGCAUUCUCUGGUUACAAAGGA